CGGCACCCGUACGCCCGGCGGCCGCGGUCGGAGGUCGCACCAAGAUGGCGGGCGUGCCGGCGGUGCGCAUCAGCAUCGAGUCGGCGUGCGAGAAGCAGGUGCAGGAGGUGGGGCUGGAUGGCAGCGAGACCUACCUGCAGCCGCUCUCCAUGUCCCAGAACCUGGCGCGCCUGGCGCAGCGCAUCGACUUCAGCCAGGGCUCCGGCUCCGAGGAGGACGAGCCGGCUUCGGCGGGCCGCGCCUGGGCCGAGCCGGGCGAGGCGGAGGAUGAGGAAGGGUUGGUAAAGUUUCAGCCAUCCCUCUGGCCUUGGGAUUCAGUGCGGAACAACUUAAGAAGCGCCUUGACUGAGAUGUGUGUGUUGUAUGAUGUUCUUAGCAUUGUGAAGGAUAAAAAGUUCAUGACCCUAGAUCCAGUUGUGCAGGAUCCCCUUCCUCCAAAACAGAAUCCUCAGUUUUUACAGUUGAUUUCAAAAAAGAAGUCAUUAGCUGGAGCAGCUCAAAUCCUGUUGAAAGGUGCAGAAAGGUUGUCCAAAUCAGUUGCAGAAAACCAGGAAAAUAAACGGCAAAGAGACUUCAACUCUGAACUGCUAAGACUGAGACAACACUGGAAACUGAGAAAAGUGGGAGACAAAAUUCUUGGUGAUCUGAGCUACAGAAGUGCAGGCUCCCUUUUUCUUCACCAUGGUACAUUUGAGGUGAUAAAGAACACUGACAUUGACCUGGAUAAAAAGAUACCUGAGGAUUAUUGUCCUUUGGAUGUUCAAAUUCCAAGUGAUUUAGAGGGAUCAGCCUAUAUCAAGGUUUCUAUUCAGAAACAAGCUCCAGACAUUGGUGACCUUGGGACAGUCAAUCUCUUUAAAAGACCCAUGCCAAAAUCAAAACCAGGCUCUCCACACUGGCAGACAAAGUUGGAAACUGCACAGAAUGUUCUUUUAUGUAAAGAAAUUUUUGCCCAGCUGUCACGAGAAGCUGUUCAAAUUAAAUCACAAAUUCCUCACAUUGUUGUGAAAAAUCAGAUAAUCUCCCAGCCUUUCCCAGGUUUGCAGUUGUCUAUUUCUCUGUGUCACUCUUCCAAUGACAAAAAAUCACAAAAGUCUGCUUCUGAAAAACAGAAUCCAGAGGAUCAUCUCUAUGUUCUGGAACAUAAUUUGCAUCAACUUAUCCGAGAGUGUCACAAGCAAACCCUGAGCUCAACAGUGAUGCCACAUCCAGCUAGUGCGCCUUUUGGCCAUAAGAGAAUGAGACUUGCAGGACCCCAGACUUUUGAUAAAAAUGAUAUCAGUUCUUUACAGUCGAAUGAAGGACUUCUGGAAAAGAUAAUAAAGCAGGCAAAACAUAUCUUUUUGAGACGCAGAACUGCUCGAACCAUUGACAGUCUGGCUAGCCGUAUUGAGGAUCCUCAGAUUCAGGCCCACUGGUCCAAUAUAAAUGAUGUUUAUGAAUCCAGUGUUAAAGUUCUAAUAACUUCUCAAGGAUAUGAACAGAUAUGCAAAUCCAUUCAACUACAGCUGAACGUUGGAGUAGAACAGAUCAGAGUUGUACAUAGAGAUGGAAGAGUUAUUACGUUGUCCCAUCAAGAGCAAGAACUGCAGGAUUUCCUUUUAUCUCAGAUGUCACAGCACCAAGUACAUGCAGUUCAGCAGCUUGCGAAAGUUAUGGGAUGGCAUGUGCUGAGUUUCAGUAAUCAUGUUGGUCUGGGGCCGGUGGAGAGUAUUGGCAAUGCAUCAGCAAUAACUGUAGCAUCACCAAAUGGAGAUUAUGCCAUUUCAGUACGUAAUGGUCCGGAAAGUGGCAGCAAAGUUAUGGUUCAGUUUCCGCGGAGUCAGUGCAAGGAUCUCCCCAAAGGUGAUGUACUACAAGACAACAAGUGGAAUCAUCUUCGAGGGCCGUUCAAGGAAGUGCAGUGGAAUAAAAUGGAAGGGCGUAACUUUGUGUAUAAAAUGGAACUCCUCAUGGCCGCCCUAACUCCAUGCUAAUAAUCUGUCAGCCUCUCCAUGGGGGCUUUGAAUCAUCGCUGUGCCGCGAACGAUCACUGCCCAUGCAGCAAAGGGAAAUGGAACCUGUGGAUCAAUACAAGAAAGCAAAACCAAAUUUUUCCUGUACAGAUAGGUCCAUUGUUGUUUGCAAUAAAACUUUUUUCAAUUAUAUAUAAAAUACAACUUAGAAAAAGUUCCUUUCGGCUGUCUUUGCAGAUUGCUCUAGCUAGAGCAACAUAGCUGAGUAAUUAAUCUAUUUUUCUUUUACGAAAUUAAAUUCAGUAGUCCUUUGCUACAUGAAAGGUGUCUGCUCAAUGUCAUUCCCUUCCCCCUCGUGCCCCUACUUUUUCUCAGUAGAUCUUUGCAAGUAUUUCUGAAAGAUGAAAAUUAUUAGAAUUGAAUUGUGCUAUCGAUAAGCCUUAUAGUGGCUUAUACCCCAGGGAAUGGCUAUCCUUGUGGAAGCUAAUGGACUUGUUUGAUGGAAAGUGGGAAAACCAAGGAGAAGCAGAGCUCCCUUGUCAACAAUUAAGGCUAAACAAAACUUAAGAAUCAAGGGACAGUCUUCACUGCAUGACAUUCUUGAGUUGGAGUUUGUACAUUGAUGUGGCUUCUGGGUGACCCAUUUCUUUUUGAGACAUACAUUUACUUAGGGAUUUGUUUAAUUUGAGAGUGUUACAAAGUCACAGCUUGUGGCAAAGGUCUUCCUCUCUGAUGGCUAUAGAUGAGCCUGUGUGGUGUCGGUUAUUUUGUUUGUGUUUUCUGUCCUUGUUUUUUGCAAGCAUGUAGAGGAAGGGGUCUUACUCUGCUUGCAAAAUUUUGACAAUUUGAGUUUGUGGGUGACUUGUAUAAAUUCAUGUCUGGAUAGAAGCAGGUAACUCCCAUGCAGUAGACCUUGGAUCUCUACACUUGUGCUGUUUGGGUUUUUUUUCUUCACUGUCACUGAUUAUCAUCCAGGGAAACAAUAAUAUCCUCCUGAAGAUCAGCUCUUUUGAUUUCUUUUAAAAUAAAAAAGUCAUGUUUAUGUCUUUUCGUUGUAA